AUGUCGCGACAAAUAAAUCAGCCUGGUAAGUUGGAUAGUAAAGUUCCAAACCAUGUCAAUUCUCUGUUUUCAAAUGUCUCUCAUCCCCUUUCUAAUCAAAUAAAACUUACGAACGUGUCGCUUGUGCGCUUGAAGAAGGGGAAGAAGCGCUUCGAGAUCGCCUGCUACAAAAACAAAGUAUUAGAAUGGCGAUCAGGCAUCGAGACCGACCUUGACGAAGUUCUUCAGAUCCCCAAUGUCUUCCUCAAUGUUUCGAAAGGUCAGACAGCACCCUCGGCGGAGCUUGCGAAGGCGUUUGGAAAGAAUAAGCCUCUAAACGAUAUCAUCCUCGAGAUCCUAAAUAAAGGCGAGCUGCAGGUGGGUGAGAAAGAGCGUGCGGCGCAACUGGACAGAGUACACAAUGAAGUUGUAAGCAUGGUGGCCAGCAAGCUGGUAGAUCCGCGGACGAAGAGGGUUUACACGACAGGAAUGAUCGAGAAGGCGCUGGAUAUGCUGAGUUCGCAAGCGCAUCAACAAGGGGACAAGAAGGGUACGGACACAGGCAGCGGUGUGGGAACGCCUGCGACGGGCGAUGACUCAGAAGCGAAGCCAAGAACAAAGGAGCACAACUGGACCGGUGUUGUCACGACGAAGAACGCCAAGAGUCAGGCUCUUGAUGCCAUGAAGGCCCUGAUCGCGCAUCAGCCUAUCCCGGUUACCAGGGCGCGGAUGAAGCUGAGAGUUACGUGCUCUACGAGCGUUCUGAAACAGGCAGUGAAAGUGGCAAAGGGUGGCGAUGCAGAUGGAGAACAAAAGGCCCCUGGCACUGUCAAGGACAAAAUCCUCAGUUAUGUUGAACAGGUAGAAAACCAAGACGUCCUCGGAUCAGAAUGGGAGAUAGUCGGGUUCGUGGAGCCUGGCGCUUUCAAGGGUCUAUCUGAUUUCGUAGGCAACGAGACCAAAGGUCAAGGACGAGUCGAAGUCCUCGAAAUGGCAGUAACCCAUGAAGAUUAG